ACUCUUCUCCAUCGGUUAUGGGCGGAACUUCAAGCCUGACGAUUAGAAAACAGACACCCGUACGUCACCUUUAAACUCCAGUUUGCGACAAGAGAUCAUGCAAAGUCAGAGCUGAACAAGCCGUCAAGUAUGUCCUCUGUACGCCAACCAAAGUUUUACUGAAAGUGAAGCAUGGAAGGCUCCGGCAGGCCUUACAGGUCUAAGCAAAGCGGCUGGGAGAGGGGAGCAGCUGCGCCAGACGUGCCAGAAAACUGGAAGAUGCAGGAUCAGGCUCGAGGACAGAACUACCGACCCGAAGGAGGCCAGCCGGGCAAGAAGAAUCAGGGUGGCCCUUACAGGGCGAGCCCCAAGAGGGGAGGUCUAGGGCCCCUGAGCUACUCUCCUGGUGGUUUCAGAGGAGGUCACAGCCCCUCUCAGAGGGAGGACCUCCGGUGGUUCUCGGGUCCUGAGAGCAGCGGGAGCCGGGAGGAGAUCUGGAGAGAGCGCAUGCAGCAGCAGCACUGGAGGAGGAACACCCAGGGGGAAUAUACACAAGACGACAGGGAGGAGGGCAGGAGAGAAGCCUCGGAGGACGGCUCUCAAAAGUCUGGAAGGAAACGAAGAAAUAGAAACAGAAAGAAAGCUUUUGCCGAGGAGAGCAGGGGCGCUGUGACUGAAGAGUCCACGCUCUCAGUCAAAGAGCAGCGCAGCCUGCGAGAGGCAGAGAUGCAGGCAGAGAGGCGUCUUAACAAAGAGGAGAUCUAUUUCCUGAGAAAGAAGCACCACAGCAGUCCUGGUGCCCUCUAUAACUGUGCCCUGUGUGAUCUUGUCCUGGAGUCUUUGUCUGAUGCCUACAAGCAUAUCAGAGACAAACGGCAUAAGAAAAGGGUUCGGGAGAGACAAGAGCAGGACAUGCUGACUGAGAUUCUGCCCCCCGGCCCAGAGCACAUCAGUGCCGUGACUGCAGCACUAGAGGCCGUCGUGCAGGAGCAUGGGAUGAGCGAGCAGGACGUGGAAAGGCGGCAGAGUGUCGUGUCCACAAUGCAGGACCUCCUCCUGUCCAUCCAGCCCGGUAAAACGCCCGAACAGCUUCUCAAAUGCUUCGCCUCACUGCACCGCUGCCAGCCUUUAUCCCUUUUAAUAGUCUCUGUCCUUCUCUCAACUUUAGAGAUAAAAUUCAGGCUCUAUGGAUCAUCAUGCACUAAAUUUGGAUUUAAGGAUUCAGAUGUCAACAUCGACAUUCAGUAUCCAGCUUAUAUGCAUCAGCCAGAUGUCCUGAUGUUGGUUAAGGAGACCCUCUCUGUGUGCCCUCUUUUCACUAAUCUGGAAGCUGAUUUCCAUGCCAGGGUGCCGGUGGUUAUCUGCAAGGAGAAGAAGAGUGGGUUGAUCUGCAAAGUCAGCGCUGGGAAUGAAAACGCUUCUCAGACCACCUCCUACCUAUCUGCGCUUGCCACCAGGGAGCCGCAUCUCCUGCCGCUGGUUUUGGGCCUCAGGCGUUGGGCUCGGAUCUGUGAGAUCGACCGUCCGGACGAAGGCGGGCUGCCACCGUACGUCUGCGCCCUCAUGGUGAUCUUCUUCUUACAGAAGCGCAAAGAGCCUCUCUUGCCUACAUACAUGAACCAGGAGAUGAAAGUGUUUUCACUCAGCAAGCUUCCAGAUUUCAGCCUCACACACACAGAGGAUGGAUACUUACACUGGACCCACACACCUUCCUCCAAAGAAUCCUCACAGCCAGCAGAGGACUCCAGCAUAAAGGGGAAGGUCCCACUGGUGUAUCAGAACCCUCGUCCUCCAGUGGAACUGGGGCUCCUCUGGGUUGAGGUGCUUCGCUUCUACGCACUGGAGUUCGUCAUGGCCGACAACGUGAUCAGUGUUCGUACCAAUGCUGUUCUCUCCCGAGACGUGAAGGACUGGCCAAAGAAGCGCAUGGCUGUUGAGGACCCAUUUGCGGUGAAAAGAAAUGUGGCCCGCACCGUGAACAGCCAGAAAAUGUACGACUUCAUCCUCCACUGCCUCAAAUCCACGUACAAAUAUUUUGCACUUCCUCACAACACGCCUGCUGCUAGACAAAAAAGAGUGGCCAAGCAGGGACCCUCACAGGGGGCAAACGCAAAGACUUCCACUGAAGAGGUAUCGGGUUUGUCCGAUUUCAGUCGGCUCACCCUCCAGCCAGGGCACAGCAGUCAAGCCAACACCUCAGAAAAUGGGCCUGAGGAUUCCGAUUGUAUUAUUGAGGAAGAGGUGGAGGAAUGCAGCGACUCGGAUGAAGAGAGGGAGAAGGAGAAGGCGGACCUAGGAAAAAGCAGUCUGUCCGAGGAUGAAGAGGAUGAGGAUGAGCAGGAUGCGGGCACCUGUGACCGGCAGCACCUCGACAGCUUGACCACAGAGGAUGAGGAGAUUUUCCAAGUCGACGAGAUCUCAGGGGAGGAGCUUUUGUCCGACGAGGAGGGUCCAGACUUUGACAACGAGGAAGAGGAGGAGGAAGAAGAAGAAGUGGAGUUGGGACCUGUGGGGAUUUCAUCUCCUCCUUCAGAGGACGCAGUUAAAGACGAAAGCUCAGAAAAGGAAAAGCCGAACCAACUGGUUUACGUGUUCACCAAGCAAGCUUUCACCAGGGGGAAGAGCAAACUUUGUCUUUCCCACCUACAUCGAAACUACUUCCAGUCCCACAUGGUGGUGUGCAGCUUGUGUAAGCGGGACGGACAUCUGAAGAAAGACUGUCCAGAGGAUUUCAAGAAGGUGGAGCUGGACCCGUUGCCAGCAGUAACCCCGGAGUUCCUGGGUACCCUGAACAAAGUGUGUGAGCAGUGCUACAGCGACUUUGCCCCAGAUAACCUAGAAGUUGGUGUAAGGGAGCACAUCCUUAAAGACGUGGAGGCCUUUGUCAGACGACAAUUUGCAGGGGCUCGCCUACAGCUUUUUGGCUCUUCCAAAAAUGGCUUUGGCUUCAGGCAGAGUGACCUUGACAUCUGUAUGGUGUUAGAAGGGCAGGAGACCAUAGCUGAUGUGGACUGCAUCAUUAUCAUUGAAAGCUUAGCAAGAUUGCUAAAGAAACAUCCAGGUCUGAAAAACAUCCUGCCCAUCACUACAGCUAAAGUACCAAUAGUUAAGUUCUAUCAUGUUCACACUGGCCUGGAGGGAGACAUCAGCCUCUACAACACGCUGGCCCUGCAUAACACUCAUCUGUUGGCCUCCUACGCUGCCAUUGACCGAAGAGUGAAGAUUCUCUGCUACGUCAUGAAGGUUUUUGCCAAGAUCUACGAUGGAAAGAAGAAGCCGGAGGUCUUGGUUGAUGGCUGGAACGUGUACUUCUUUGACGAUUUAAAAACACUGUCAGGAAAAACAUGGCGCUCUGCCCUGUAUUUCUCAUUGGUCCUCCGCCCGCAGCCCAGUCGCUGGCCGCACUAUGGGAAGAACUCGGAGUCGGUGGGGGAGCUGUGGCUGGGCCUGCUCCGCUUCUACACCGAGGACUUUGACUUCAAAGAGCACGUCGUGUGUAUCCGACAGCACGCCCGCCUCACCACGUUCAACAAGCAGUGGACUUCCAAAUACAUAGUCAUUGAAGAUCCAUUUGACCUGAAUCACAACUUGGGUGCUGGUCUGUCUAGGAAAAGUAUGAUCAUACACUUCUUUCGAUUGACUAACUUCAUCAUGAAAGCGUUCAUUAAUGGAAGGACUGUGUUCGGCACGCCUCUCAAAGUUUUGCCUCCAGUAUAUCCCAGUUACAUGGAGUAUUUCUUUGAUCCUGAAGUUCUCACUGAGGGCGAAGUGGCUCCCAAUGACCGCUGCUGCCGCAUCUGUGGCAAGAUCGGCCACUUCAUGAAAGACUGCCCCAUGCGUAGGAACAGGGCCAAACACAGAAGAGAUUCGGAGAGAAGGUCGGAGAACCAGCGAGACAAAAUGGACAUGCCUGAGGAAGCCCGGGAUCAGGUCAGGCACAGGAACGAACACUGGAGGAAAAGAGAUGCACUGGACACGCGCUGCUGCUUCUUAUGUGGGUCGAGCGCCCACAUCAAGAGGGACUGCCAGCUUUACAGAAGCACUACAGGUAAUGUGAAGGUGGAUAGGAUGGAAAACUUCUCCUCUUCCCCCUCAGCCCACAUGAGAAAUUUGAGAGAAAAGGAGAAACAGAAUCCCACUGAUGAUGAUUCUUUGCAGGGUUUGCCCACACAAGAAGAGAAGAAAAGAAAAAAGCAGCAAAAUGUGAUAUUAGGUCCACAAGCAGGUAGUUUAGCCUGCCGAAAUAUGGGUCGGCCCGCUCACAGGAAGAGCCCUGUGGAAUGAGCAGCAGCAGUGGAUGCCGAGCGGGAGAUUCUACUGUUGUCCACACAGACACGACCCCGAAGUCUGGAAUACCUUAAAUCUGAGUGGUACUGUUGGGCCAACGGGAGUCUCUCUAAGCCAAAGCCUGGACACCUUAACUUGAAGCCAAAUAGGGCCUUUUUAUUUGUGUGGUGUGCCCCCCUCCAGAGUUUUUGUUUUCAAAGGAGCUUUUUUAAAGCUUUUGUUUUAACAAGGCAAGUCAUCAUGCAUGUAUCUGAUGUCUUUGUACCUACUGAGCCAGUUGGGGUUUUUAAGAGGGAUUGGGGGGGUGCAUUGGUGGAUAUAGAUUUAUUGAUAUUCAACUAACUUUUGGAAAUUAAAACUCAAAUUCUCUUUUAUUAUUGAUCUCAGUAAGGAAUAUUUUAAAGACAUUGUGUUGCCCACACACAACAAAGUCACAACAAUCCUUCCAGUUAGAAGAUGUAUUUUGAUGCUUCAGUUAGUCAGUGACAUCACAACAAUUUUAAGACUGAAGAGUAACUCAGUUCACCUGUUUAUCGUUUUCCCGAGCUGUUAAGGUGUUGCUUUUGGUUUUAGCAAAAUGUACUAAAUAUAAUGUCCGAAUGGCAGUGUGGCCUUUUGUGUCAAGGCCAGGAUUUAUUUGUUCUUUUUCCUGAAUUGAAUAUGUCCUCUGCACUGGCGUCAGUCAGUUUAUUUCUCUUUGUUGAGAACACGUCCUCAUGCUGAUGCCUCCCCUCUCAAAGUAUUUAGUUUUUAUUUUAAUUUUAUCUGUUCCGAUCCAUGUUUUAUUACCGACCACUUCUUUCUCACCGCCCCCUAAAUGUGAACAGAAGGACCGAGUGGCACUCCAUUUGUCUCCACAUGUAGGAGAAAAUGUAAUGUGCAAAUACACAGAUUAGGAUGUUUGCUUAAAAGGUUUCAUGCUACACAUGGUAAGAUUUUCUGGCUGAUGGCAAACACUGGUACGAACACUGCUCACAUGUAAAAACUUGUACCUAUCUCUUCAUUUUAUAAUAAUGGUGCCACAGAUUGGUAGCUGCACUGUGAGGGUCCACACCCUUGAAUUACGUUGCUGUUUGUUGUGUCUCAAAGACCUGCUUUUCAUUUAACUUUAAAAAUGGACUGUCUGCCUUUAUGGUUUUGCAAUGUUUUAGCAUUUUAUAAAAAGGAGGAAAAAAAUAGCUGGUAUUCUAAUCAAUUUUUCAUUUGAAUGCAGGUUUGAUUUGAUGCCAGCCUUGUUUUAUUUCUUUUGAUGGACUCAAUUGAGAGUUUUCAUUUGAUAUGAAACUUCAUCCUGUCUGGAGAGGUUGGCUUGCAAUCCAUUUUGUGUCUCAGAAACAUUAAACAGAAGUUUAAUCUCAGUGUUGAGUAUUUCAUUGAUAUCUAGAUAUUAGACUUGAAUGUUUUUUUCAGCGACAAAAAUAACCAAAUACAAAACGAAAAACAAAAUAAAGGCUGCCACUCCUAACCAGGUGGAACUUUGAACGUGAAUCUAGAUAUUUUUAAUGUUUCCUACUUCACUAAAAAUAAUAAUUUUUUUCAGAUUGUAAAAAUGGCCAUGUAUUUACUGUAUUUAAAAACUGUAUAAAGGAAGCUUAAUCUUAGCACAUUCAAUACAGCACUGGUAUUAGACUUACUAAGGAAACUUUCGUUUCCGCAACAGCUGUAUAACAUUUGGUAAGUCUUCUUACUCUUCCUCUAGCUCCAGCUCUUUAAAUUUGGAGGAUGUGACGAGAACGCACUUAAAUCUCAUCCACACAUCAAGUGUGGCUUUAAAAAGGUCACGAUCGUGUGCCAGGAGUAACUUGUUAGGCUAUAUGGUUUGCUACACGUAAUAUUUUUAUUAAGAUUUGAAAGGUUAGGUCCAAUGACAUCAUUUGUACCAAACAAAAAAAAGUUAUUUAUCUUUAAUAAAGAAGAAGGAUUUGAAAAGGAAUGUGUAGGCUUUUGUUUAC